UCUAUGGGGCGGCAGCCCUCGCGUCUUCCGCCGCUUUACCCUCAAUGUCUAAAGGCUGACUCGGGCUGCAGUCUAGGUGUGCCUAGCCGGGAAGUGUGCGAGCACCCGUACUCCAUCCACCUGCUGGUGCUGCUGCCUCACGCAGGGUUCCUCUGAACAGCGCAGAGGCUUCUAGCUGGUCGCUGCUGCACCGCCGGUCUGUGUGUGCACGUUCAAAAUGUCCAAUAAGCAGUCAAUGAAACAGAAUUGGAACAGAGGAGUUAGAGACCUGGGCUUAAUAUAGAGACCUGGGAGGCAUCUGCAUAGAGGCCCUUUACUUUUGUGGGAUCACAAACCAAACGAGUCCUGUUAACUCCCCUCAUGCAUUCACCUCGGCCUUUCCGGGUCUCCAAUCAUGACCGAAGCAGCCGGCGUGGGGUGACAGCCAACACACUGAAGGAACUCAUUGGCAAGACCCUGGAUGCCCUAGCAAUUACUACGGGGCUGGUUACUUUAGUGUUGGAAGAAGAUGGCACAGUUGUGGAUACUGAAGAAUUCUUUCAGACCCUAGGAGAUAAUACGCAUUUCAUGGUCUUGGAAAAAGGACAGAAGUGGACACUGGGUCCUAAAUAUGUUACUCAGAAGCAAAAAAAGUCUGGAAUAGCAAGAGUCACUUUUGACUUGUAUAAGAUGAAUCCCAAAGACUUCCUUGGAUGCUUAAAUGUGAAAGCCACCAUGUAUGAGAUAUAUUCUGUGUCCUAUGACAUCAAAUGUACAUCUGCCAAAGCUGUGCUGAGGCACUUCUUGCGGUUUAUGUCCUAUGCUGCCCAAGUCACCGGACAGUUUCUCAUCUACACUGGGAAUUAUAUGUUACGUUUGCUUAAUGACACUGACAAUUCUCCUCCUCCUCCUCCUCUGAAACCAACACCCAAGGGAUGGCUCCUAUAGGGGGACAGUGCCUUGCAUUAAAGGGAUUGUAGCUGGCUCCAUUAGUUUCCUUCCCAAUGUUAACUUUUAAAUAAUUGGUUUCAGGGAUGCUACCUUAUAUUCUUAGACACAUCAUUUGCAGAUAGUUGGCCACUACUACUCAAUACUAAUGAUGCAGGAAAAGUUAGCUAUGGCCAGCUCUUUUCCUAGGAAUUUCCUUUUUUUCCUAGGAAAUUCCUUUGUACUAAUGAGCCUGGAAGAAAGGAUAUACACAGUAUGCUUUGGUGGCUCUCCACAUACCUAUAUGUGUGUCUCUGAAAGCUAGCUUUCAUGUACAAUCACACCUCUAGCAAGCAAAUGUAGGAAAAGUACUUUUGGAUCUUCAGUCUAUGAAAAGAAAUAAAGAACUGGCAAAUAGUA